AUGCCAUUCACCGCAUCCCGACUGUCCCCCGGGUCUUGCAAGACCUCAUUCGGGGAUGCUAAGGGGAGGAUGGUCGCGAGGCUCGAUUUUCGCGAGCAUUAUCAUCGGCUCAAGACUCUGGAUCUACGUAGCAAGAUGACGGAGAAUAAACAGCUCAAAGUCAUCAUCGUUGGUGCUGGGUUCGGUGGUCUAGGUGCGGCCAUUGAAUGUGCUGAUCGUGGCAUGGAUGUGACUGUGAUUGAAAAGUAUACAGAUUCCAACAGUCAAGGAGAUAUCCUCGACUUCUUCCCCAAUGCUGGCCGCAUCAUCCACCGAUGGGAUAACGGCAGGGUCGGCCAGCAGAUCCACGAUACUGGGUGCAGCCAGAUCCGGACCAUGGAGCUCUGCAAGUUUGAUGGCAAGUUCCUCACCCACGUUCCCUGGGCACGAGACGGUACGGAACACAACAUAACAUACGCCGGGCACCGAGGCAAAGUCCACUCCAUCUUCCUCGCGCAUGCGAAGACCCUGGUGCGGGACGUUAGGAUCGGUGUGGCAGUUACGGAAUACCUCGAAGAACAAGGCAGAGCAGGUGUCUUACUUUCCUCAGGCGAGACCCUGUGGGGCGAUUGUGUGAUUGCUGCUGAUGGGCCACGGUCCAUUGCCCGGGGACAGGUACUCAACCUCGAUGACGACAGUAAUGGGGGAAAGAGCAGCGGCUGGGCUGUAUUUAGGAACUUCUUCAAGACUGACGAAGCUAUGCUGAAGCAUCCCGGGCUGCGGGAUCUGUAUCAUACGGACAGAGACACCGUAAGGUUCUGGAUGUAUGAUAACUUGAGUCUGAUGGCUUUUGUCUGGAACGAGGGAAAAGACAUUGCCUGGGUUCUGAUUCACCCAGAUGACAAAGAAUCAAGCGAGUCUUGGUCCAAUAUUGCCGAAAGGGAGCAUGUGGCCAGAUGGAUGAAGUUCUUCCCCGCUGAAGACGCUCAAGCACUAUUCGAUGUCACCCCCGUGGGAAAGACCAUCGACUUCAAACUCAUUUACAGACCGACGAUAGACACCUGGGUUAGCAAGGGAGGCCGCACGAUCCUGAUUGGAGACGCAGCCCACGCAAACCUGCCAACCGCCGGCCAAGGAGCAUCUCAGGCACUAGAAGACGCCGUCACGGUGGCCCAGUGCUUGGCCAUGUCCAAAGGGGACGUCAGGCUCGGUCUGGAGGCGACGCAGAGAAUUCGCUACCAUCGGUCAAACGCUGUCCACAAGAGCGGGCAGAAGAACAGAGAUGCGUUCUACAAGAUUCCCUGGGAUGACAUCGAGGUGGCGCCUACUGAAUGGGCCAGGAAGAGGUUUCCCAUGCUGAAACCUUGGGACGCGCUACAAUUUGCCAAAGACCAGUUUCCGAAAGUUGCAGAGGAUAUCAAGAAUGGGGUGGAGGGACAUUUGGAUGACGUUGCUGUUCCUCCGCCCGAGGGCGGCUACUGGUGA